AUGUCGAUUAAUUCUUCAGCAAUUCAACUUGUUUGGCGUCCAUCAUCUUCACUUGAAAGCGUUGAUAUUGAUCAAUUUUCCGGCAACUUUACUGUCAGUCUCUACGUCGGUGCUCGAAUGCACGUGUUCAAUAAAAUUGUAGUUUACGAUGUGAGUAAACUGAAUACAACAGAUUCAAUCACUAUCGCUGGACUCGCUCCGGAUACAGUCUAUCAUGCGUGUUUUGACAGCGAAUGGUGCGAACAAAAUUCCACUAUGAAAGAUGAUGCACGUCGUGCUUUUCCACCAGCGAAAUGUCGACUGUUGCGAACAUAUGCUACGGAUGAAACAACGCUAAAUGCUGUGCCAUCCGUAGGCACCUAUUCAUGGAAGCAAACAGUGACUAAUACUGGAGCAAAAGCAAUUUCUAUCAAUGCUAGUGUGUCGUCGGAACUACCCUAUAAAAAACGCAGUAUAUCCGUUGAACUUAAUUCACAAAUUCAGAACAAAGAAAUCGAAGCACCACUCGAAAAUAUUCAAUUUUUGUUCGAUCAACUCGAUUCAAAUUCAAAAUCUUAUUCAAUAUUGGUAAUGUUCCACUUAAAUGAUGAGAAUAAUACACGAAGUGUAUCAAAUGCAAUAACGGGGCUAGUAUCCAUAGACAACAAUAAUGGUCAUGGUAAACUUAUCAGUGAUUAUUUUCUGUUAUUAUUUCUUACAUUUUUUAUCGUCUGUAAUAUCGCUUGA